UCACAUGUGCGCCAAGCUAUAACAUGUGUAGGCAGCAGCUUUGCACCGGUGUACAUUUGGUUGUUUUGUGUGAUAAGAAGACAUUUUGACUCAGAUUGGUCAGUGAGCCGCGGACAUGAGCGAGCAGACGGCGGUCAUCUCGGAUGACGGCAGCAGGAAAAGUGAAGCCUCGAGCCGGCAGGAGGAGAAGAGCGCCGGCCUGACGAGUGUGAACAGUACCGGAGGAGAAGACCCGAACCAGAUGUCCAAGAGGCAGAAGAAGAAGCUUCUGAAGCAGCAGAAAUGGGAGGAUGAAAGAGACCUACGAAAGCAGAGAAGAAAGGAGCGGAAGCUGCAGCGCCGCCAGCAGAGGCAGAGUGACCAGCAGCAGCAGGAGGGACGAGACGGUCAGAGCAGCAGGAAACGCCCACGCCGAGACGUGACGCCCGUCUCUCUGAGGCUGGUGGUGGACUGCAGCUUCGACAGCCUCAUGCUUCUCAAGGAUGUGCGGAAGCUUCACAAACAGAUUCAGAGGUGCUACGCUGAGAACAGACGGGCCUCCCAUCCCGUCCAGUUUUAUCUGACAAGCAUGGGAGGACAGCUGCAACAGAGCCUGGAUGAAAAGGACAAAGGAUGGAUAAACUGGAAGGACAUCACCAUUAAAACUGAACAUUACAGUGAAGUUUUAGCCAAGGACCAGCUGGUCUACCUGACCUCAGACUCUCCCAACGUUCUGGAGGAACUGGACCAACAGAAGGCCUACGUCAUCGGAGGCCUGGUGGACCACAACCACCACAAGGGGCUGACCUACGAGAGGGCCAAGGAGCUUGGGAUUGAACACGCACAGCUUCCCCUCAGCAGUUUUGUCAAAAUGAACAGUCGGAAAGUUCUGGCAGUCAACCACGUGUUUGAGAUCAUCCUGGCGUAUCUGGAAAAGGGCAGCUGGCAGGAAGCGUUUUUUACCAUUCUGCCUCAGAGAAAAGGAGUUGUGGCCAUCAACCAGGACGGAGAGAAUACUCCAGCAAAAGACCAGGACGAAGACUCUCAUUCUGAUUCUGACCCAGAGCCUGCAGAACCUGCAGAGACCAGAGAUUAAUGUUUGGGACAAAUGGACUUGAAUGACAAGAAAACCUUAAAGUUAUUACUUUUUAACCAAAAGAAGUUUUGYUUUAACAGUUCCAGACUUUUUGUUUUAGUGCAUAUUUAUUGAAAAGUUUGCUUUUUCAGUUGUACAUAUCUUGAUAAGGGCUACAAUCUGUUCUGCUACAGUUACUGCUAGCUUUUCUGCUUUUUCAUUUGCUCUUUGGACCUGAAAGUUGUAGCUCUGUGUCCACUGGAGCCAUUAAAAAAUGUCAAGGAUCAUAAACACAGCACUUCAGCAUA